GCGACGCUGCGGGGGGGAAGGCGACAGGGUACGAACAGUGCGUCGGUUAUUGCUCGGUGAUAGCGUGCACGACAAGGGUGAGGAAAAAACGCGGUGUGUCACCGGAGAGGGUGAAUUCGGUUGGACCCGGUGGACACGUGGCUCGUAUGUCCGUCGCGGAUCGUUGGUUCACGCGUCGUUGCCCGGCCGCGCGGCGUCGCGGUGCUAUCGCUCGCGGCGUUCCUCGCAAUUACGCAAUGACGGUCCGUCACAAUGACGUCGGACCCUGUGCGUGAGAAUACCAGUGACUUCGUUCGUUCGAGAGCUGUUUCGGCGAUCGUUCGUGGAUGAACUGUUACCAGCAUGAGCUUCUGGCCACGCAGACGGUUACGCAUCACACCGCUACGAGCGUUGGUGGCGUUCGUCCUGAUGGUAGUGCUGUUCUGGUACAACCUCAGUCGGCAAGAGCCGCCCAAACAACCGUGCAGUGUGCCUGAAGAAUUCACUGAGAAACUGCAUGAUCUUGCUUACAGGGCUCAUCUAGCGCUAGCAAAAUUAGACAUCGUGCACUUUCUGUGCCUCGGCGGACUCUGGGGUCAAGUUCGGAUCGGUCGCGCCCUACCUUGGGCACGUAAGGUCGAACUCUGUCUGGUGGACACGUUACGUGACGAUGUCCUGAUCACGAAAGCAUUCCGUGAAGUUGGACUGAGUGCUACAUAUCUACACGCCGCGGGUGUGUACCGCAUACAGGAGAACGAAGAGGAUAACGUUGGCGAAGAUGCUCCCAAAGUGGAGGUAGUAGUCUUCGAGGAAGACGCGGUGACGCAAAUGGUGAGAAGAGUCGGUUGGACGAGAAGAGUGCUGCCUCCGGAUUGCGAGUUCUCUCCCAGUCUGCAAUGUUUCCCACCACAGCUUGUAAUUCCUCCUUUACCGGCGAAACAGUUCGGUGGUCGAUUGAUGCCUGUACCCAGGGAAGGUAUCGAACUACAGAAGUACCACUACCCCUAUGACUGGUGGCUCGAGCUGAAACCAACGGAAUGUACCGAGCAACAAGAAACGAACGCGUAGUACUUGAUACCGUUGUAGCGAGGAUUCGCGGUGGAUGAUUAAUCUUAUCGCGUAGAAACCAAAUGUUGCCUCCUUAAACUGCCGCGAAUGAACACAAUACCGUUCACGAUACACACGUCCUAUCGUGUUCCCGAACUGCUUCCAUCCCCGAUAUUCGUUGACUGUUGAGUAUUCGCGUAAAACGAUAACAUGGGUUCCGUUAAUAGAAUUUUGAUGGGGCAAUUAAAAUGGGAUAGUUAAAAAUGGUUAUUGAAAACGAGAAAUUUAAAAAGGAUAUUCAAAGAGUAUAACACUUAUUUGAAAUUCCUCCACGUUUUAUCGGGUUUUUGCGAGUAUUGAUGUAUUCAACUAAUUCGGAAGAAAUUCUGCAGUUUUAUUAAAGAUUGGAAUUUAGCGAAACAAAACUGUUCUAAAUUCAUUACUAUAUUCGAUUAAGCAACGGAAUUAUUAUCAAUGGUAUGUAAGAACAUUAGGAAAAAGAAAGUGAAAUUCAAGUUAGAAUAACAUUAUUAUUCGUUGGUUGUCGCAUUGCUUGUAGCAGCCUGCUUAAAUCGAAAUUCUGAGCAAUGAAAUAAUUAAAGAUAUUUAAUAAUGUAUUUAUAAGAAGAAGCAAACGAGUAUUGGAAGUUACUUGCUCGAUUCAACAAACGAACAUUUUUGACUAUCCAUAUUUAAUCAAAGUAUUUCUUUUUAUAAAUUAAUUUUAAAUAGAUCAAUAUUGAAUAAUCACAUAAAUUCGUGCGAUUUUUGCAACGUUGCUUAUCAUACGUUCACUGCUUAAGUAAAACUGACAUUACUUCUAAUAACUUUUUUUCGCGCGAUAUAUUUUUUGUUUAUUCCGGUUUUAUAAAAAUACAUCUUCCUUGACGAGAACAUUUAUAUAAACGAUUAUCGGUGAGUGAAAGAAGAAAUUACACAGAAUUUUUUAUAGUACCUUUUUCGUCAUACACAUGUGUUUUCACGGUACUUUUGGAGAAACAAUUUUCUAGAAAGUUCGUAUUCUUAUCUCAACAAAUGCGUCACAAGCUUUUAUAGUCCUCCGACGAAUAAAAGUACUAAAACAUUUGCAUAUGAAGUGCCUAUGUAAUCGUUCAAUGAAAAUCGCACGAAUUUCUUUGAGUAUACAUCCAUUUGACGAUUUAAGUAAUAGAAAGUUAACGACGCACUGUUGGUUGUUUGAUAGAAUUUUAUCUAACGAAUAGAAAAUUUGUAAAAACCUACAUUUUAUUCUUUACGAAGGAAUUAUACUUUCCCCGACCAGGAAACGUAAAUUUAAGAGAACGUGACAAAUCAUUAUCAGUGAAAUUACGAGUACACAUUUUUAGAAGGCUUUCGAGUAUUUCUGUUCUUCCAAUGAUUAAUCAAUUAGUCCGGGUUUUUACGUGUCAACGAUGGAGUUUGAUAAUGUAGGUGGUGUUAGACGAACACAAAUUGCUUUAAUGAAAGUACGAUACUCUGCGCGGUACGAGGUGUCUCUAUCUUCAGAUAUCUGGUUGCUCUGUUGGCGCCAUUAUUGUCAGUACAAGCGUUUCUUAACACAUACGCAAGUAUGUGUACAGAUGUUACUUUAAAUUUAUUACAAGUGCCAGAUCAAAAGGAGAUAUAUGCAAAUUUUGAGGUAAACGUUCUUCCUGCUUAAUUAUUUAUAACGAUUACAAACUGCGAUAGGAUGAAAAUGACGACUUUGUCGUCUUUAUCGAUUCGAUUUGUCUAAUCAAAUGUACUGCCUUCUUCUAUUUUCACUUUUAGCGCAAAUAAGAUUGUUACGAGAUGAUGAGUUCUUUUGUAAGAAAGUAUUUGUUUGCUGUACGUGAAAAUCUACGGGAUUUUUAAAUUAUCUAUACAACGGAGUUAAUCAAUGUUUCAUAAGGUGAUGACGUUACGAUCAUUUUGGAACGAAUACGACGAAUAAUUGAAUUUUUGGGGAAAGUUAAUUGGAGAAAUAAAAGUUUAACGGAGAACGAAUUCAAUAUAUUACAAUUUUUUGAAAGAUGAGGCAUGAAAGCUUUUUUAAAACUUGCUCCAUUUAUAUGGUCAAUACUAUAGAUCAAUGUACAAUAAUCUGAUAACCUUUCCUAUUAACAAAAUUGCCAAAAGUUUCUUUAUUGUUUAUUCGUUUCAUUACAAGACAGAAAUAAUUAUUCCCGGUAAUGUAUUGUCAGUUUCCUGAAGAUCACAUGCUACCCCAUGAAUGUUAAAGUAAUGGCGCUGAAUUAUAUAGUGUUGACUAUUUCACUGCGUUGCAUAGUUGUAAGACGACGAAAAAGUAGAAUGUAAUCUGUGUAAAUACUUUAGCUGUUUUAGGUCCCUGAACGUAUUCGUUAAUUUUACUUUAGCACUGUUAUUAAAAGAAUACUAAAAUUUCUAAAUACUUUAAAUAUUAAAAUAUUGAAUGCCUCCUAUUGAGAAAAACGGUAAAAUAGUUGUCAUUGAAAGUGAAUCAGUGAACGUUAAAAUUUACAAAAUCAUACGCCAAAAUCUGAUAGAAAAUUAAAGUUGGCUUAGUAAUUAUGAAGCGCAGUGUAGUAGGGAUACAUUACUUUAAUAAUUACGCAUGCAUAUCAAGUUGAUUUAAAUACACAUAUUCAACUGGUUUAACCCUUAACAGGUUACGUGGUUUUCCAUGUAUCCUAAGUUUUUUCUUUGGACAAUAUUUCAAUAUUUCCAUCAAAACACAACAUUAAAACUAAUAUAUAUAUAGUAAGUAUACGAAAGAAGUAUGUCACUAAGAUUAUAUUUAUAAUAAAUAUAGCUAUUAUUUGUUUAAAAAGUUUUAUAUUCUCAAAGUCACUCCACUUGAUCGGUUAAGGGUUAAUAUUGAAGUCGGUACGCGGAUAAGAAAAUUGAUAUCUUCCAUUAAGAAGUUGUCAACUAUGUGUGUGAUAUUAAAUAAGGAGAAGGGACACUGGUUACAUCGAGCGACGAGUUUAAAGAAGCGCUAUGGUCCUGCAUAAAUUAAUAUUGAAAGUUAGACGUAAAAGAAUUGUUCCUUUCGAGAGUCUGAAUAUGCGCGUGUUGAAUGUCUUUGAAUUCUACGCGUUGACUGUGUUUAGUAAAUAGUAGGUAUAUAUAUUUUAUGAAUAAAAGCUUCGAGUACUCUUCGUUUCUCAGUUGCAAUAAUCAGAAUCCUCUUACAUAGUCACUGAAACUUGUUUUAAAUCGAAGUCUGUCUAUUUUACGAGUUGUGAAUUUCGUAAGUAUACGAAGAAACGAACGCUUAUUUUGAUUUGCAAAACGAAUGGCGAAUCUUUUUGCAGUAUCGAUGGUUUUUGAGAUUGCUGGAAACUUACACUUAUUCGAGAGAUAGAGACAUCUACACAAUUGAAAUUACACGUUGAAGAAAGUGAACUUGUUCGAUGGACUUGCAUAGUUUGUUCCGAUUAUAGCGUUUAAGGUACAUAAUAAUUUAAGGCAGAACAUAUUACGCGUGUACGUGGCGUAUCAUUAUUAGAUUUUACGAAAUACCAGUCUCGAGUUAGAAGUCAAUCAUUUAUCAUUGUCCCGUUGAACGUGCGGAAAUAUAGGGGUCACCGAGACUGUAACCAAAGGUUAAAAACGUAAAAUGAGUGUUACCUUUUCUAUAAUGUUUAUAUUUUCUUCCGUUUUGUGCAUACUUUGUAGGAACUACGAUUAACAUAGCAAUUGAUCAUUGCUACGCGACACUAGAAAAUUCAAGAUUUAUUUUGUUUCCGCUAAUAUACAGUUGUUUUAUUGAAACUGAACGUACUGUAAGGUAAAUCAUUCUCAAUGAUGUUUAUAUUCCAAGUAACCUAUGACUAAUAUUACCAUGUAGUGCUGUAAUCAAAUCGAAAGUGUCAAGGUGAACAUAACGAUGACAUGCUUCCUCUAAAGCUUUAACGAUACCAUUAUUUAUACGUGUUUGUACUGCUUUUUAUACUCGACUAUGGAAAUGGCAUUUGUCCCUACGGUUUCAUAAGUUUUUUACGAAUUGCACUUUCCUCGUGUCGAUGUUGUAUACCGCGCGUGGGAACGGUAGCUGAAAGUCAUCGCGGUCGUAACUACAUCGAUUAGUCGCAUUUUCAUUUGCGGAAUGAGUUCGAAAUGUUUUCGACAAUAAUCCGAUUGCGUGACGAACGACGAGGGUGUUUUGUAUAGUCCGGCAAGAAACGAACGUUACACGGCGACGCGGUCUGUUUUUGCGCGAUGACCGCCGCCAUUACGAAAUUAAUCUGUAUUUUUCUUGUUUCUUCUGUCCAUUUUCUUAUUUCUCCGAGUGAAAUGUUCAUUGGACUGUUGAACGCAAUCGAAGCUAAGCAUCUUUCUUUGUUUUAGUUCCGUUUGUUACAUGCUUACAGGUUUCUAACAGCGAGAUGACUAUAAAGAAAUAUUUUAUGAAAUGCAUAUAAAAGCACAUUUAAAUGUAUAUUUGAAAAUUCUUUGCGAUUUGUAUUUUAUUGUUUUAAAAAUGUAGCCAAGUAUGAUUAAAAUGUUGUACAAUUAUUUUAAACGGUCUUUACUUUGGUUAAAAAUCGGCUAGCUGUACAUUACACGUUUCCAUUUCUGAAGUUCUUUUUGUAUAUUUUGUUUCGUGUGUUUCUAGUUAUUAGGAUAGGAAUAAGAUUAAGUGUAAUUUCGCGUUUAAGCAUUGUUGAAAAUUGAUUGUCGCAUUGCUACGACGACGUCGCGAGUAAACGGUUGCAGCGUUUGGAAUAUGAGUCGAUGUACUUCCGCGUAUUAAUUGUUAAGCGACCGAUUGUUUCGUUUCGAGUCAAACGUGCACGUUAUUCGUUAUCAUUUGUAUGAAUGCACAGAGAGUUGUACGUGAUGUAUCUCGAGUAGUAGUCAGUUUGGACUGCUGUGUGUAGUUGUCUUCAAACCUUUCACGAGAUUAAAUAAAAUACAUGGAAAAGGAACGGAGAAUUUGUCACCUCCCAAAUUUGAUUAUAGGAUUUAAUGUCAUAAUAAAUAAUAUAAGCUUAAUAAUCGCACAGUUUUAAUAAGCAACAGGUGUGUUAUCAGUAUGUUUAAUUACGUAAACGUACAAGAGUAUCAGGUUUUAAUCAAUCUUAUUUUCUUCUUUGCUACAAUUUUAUUUCAUAUUUAUUACUGUAAUAUUAUACUUCGCCUGUUACCGAUAGUAUUUACGUAGUAUAGAUAAGAUAUUGAGCUCUAUUUGUAAAUAGUUUGAUGGAACUAGGUCAACUAUCUCCGUUUAUACUAAGUACAUAGAUACAGUUUGCCAGAAGUUUAUUUGAACAUUUUUUAUUGUUUCGAUACGCUAAAGCCACUCUCAAAAUAUUUCCCACUUAUUUAGGGACACUCUGUAUAUUCAUUCAUAUAGUAGUGAUCAUAGAAAUUGCACUAUUUCAAAAAUAGCAUAGUCAUGUAUAUAGUUUGGUUCAGAAAAUAGAACGAAAAUAUCGUACCUAAAACAUAU